AUUAACGGCCUUGGGACAUUCUGUUGUAGAGAGCCAGAGCUGUCUGACGCUGGCUCGGACGAGGAGUUGGAGCUUCCCGCACGGAUAGAGGAGGGGAGUCACAACGGCAGUAUCAGAAAGGUGAGAGAUACGCAGUUGUAGUUCGAAAAACACGGUACUGUACCAACAGUACACACACCUUUAUAUGUAUGACACGUCCAAAUGGAAAAUUGACUGCAUCUGCUAUGAACAGUACAAUAAUAUUUCAAUCAAUACCAGAUCAAAUAUGUACUAUUCAAAGUUAUUUAUUAUUGACAUGCAUUGCCAUGCAGUGUCAUUACUGAACUGUUGAUAGAUUCAUUGAGGGGGUAUCCUUGACCUGUAUUGAGUUGCCUUAUGUUGGUAAACUUUUGGUGACUUCGGUAGGGGGUCUGCUAUUGCGGCAUGGGGGGUAGAUUGGGGUAGGAUACUGUCCAGAGGGUAGGUGUCAUGGUACUGAUGGUAUGUGGCUAGGAGAGCCUAUUUACCCCAUUUCACCCCCCGCUGUCCCCCGGCUGGAGGGCUGGGGCUGGAGCAAGGCUAUGGCUGAACUGGGGCAGUGGGCUGGAGGCCUGUGGCUGGAGCACAGCUAUGGCUGAGCUGGGAGGCUGGAGCAGGGGACUGGAGCACGGCUAUGGCUGAGCUGGGACAGUGGGCUGGAGGCCUGGGGCUGGGGCUGGAGCACGGCUAUGGCUGAGCUGGGAGGCUGGAGCAGGGGACUGAAGGCCGGGGGCUGGAGCAUGGCUAGGCUAGCACCCUAAUCCCUACAAGCACUCUGAGGAUUACUGGCUGCAUGCUCACAAAACAAACAACUCACUGAGCGAGGGAUGAAGGGAGGUGGGAGAGGGAAGGAAAUGGAGGGAGUAUGGAGAGAGUGAGAUAAGGUGAGGGGGAGAGGGAAAGGAAUAAGGACAGUAUCUCUUUUCAACUCUCAUUUUGGGGUUAGCAUACCCUAUUAGGGCCCUUCCUACCAUGUUGUGGUCCUUCUCUUCCUUGUUCCUCUGUACUGAAUGAAUAAGAGCCUAGUCAGCAGGUUUUAGGACAAAACACACCAUGCGAUAGGACCACCAAGUGCUGCUUUUAACCAUUCAUCUGCAUCUGACCACAGAACAUCAACUGUCAUUUUCUGUUCAUUUCCUGACGAUUGUAGGCCUACAUGUUGGCAAGACAUGUACAUGUGUUGUCCUUUAUCAGCAGACUAAAGGAAGACUACAGUGGAGUCAGGUGUCUGUAAAAGGUGGCCCUGUAGCAAUUGCAGAUGUCCCUGGGUUGAGCUCUAUUAGUAAUAUGGUGCAUCAGCAUCAUCAUCAGACACUAGUACAGUCCUGAUCUAGGCUCUGUUCUCCUAGCAGCAAGUGGCGAUUGCUCACCCCCUCUUCCCAGCCUGAUAUGUCUUCUAAGUUGAGAUCUCAGAGCCCAUCUUAGCUACUUACAGACGUGGUGGUGCGGGAUGAAGUUACAGUAUUGGAGAAAAGAGCACUGGUAACUUUUGGUGGCUGUAUUUGUAUCGUAGGCAGGGGUCAGGUGUAAGAGGUAUUCCAAGUCUCCUCCGCUCCGUGGACUGUGACGUCUAAGGAUUUACCUCACAGCAGGUUACCGACCGAGGUCUACUGGGGCUUGGUCUCCUGGCAACUAUCGCCACGGGGAUCCUGUUGCCAAUGUAGUAGGCUAUCUGAUCCUAACUAUGAUGGAGGCGGGUAGUCUUAACCCCUUACACGUGUGAAUUGGCCUAUAUGGAUAGGGCCAAAUUGAAAUGUUUCAAACACAAGGAAUAUGGAAAGCACAUGCAUAACCAUGGUAGCAAUUAAAAGGGAACAGUUUGGAGAUUAUGGGAACAUUAUUAGACUAAAGGUGAGGACACAACAGUUCACCUAACACAGUUCAAAACAUUACACUGUUGAUUUUUAUGUGCAUUUUACAUUUACUGUACUUUUUGCUGCAUUUGUUGAAGAAAUCUGAAAAUACUCAGGAUACAAGAAUAUUCCUGGAAAUUUUGGGGUGAGAGGUCUAACUGGUGUUUCCAAGUGGCCACACACCUCUCCAAAGUGUGCACAGUUCCUAAGUAAUUUCAAUGCACUUUUAUGACUCAAAGAAGUUUUCAACUAUAAGGUGCUUUUUGAACUCUCCUAGCUGUGCUGUUGAGAAACUAGAGCAAGUACACUUGUAGUUGUUGUGUUUGGAACACAGCCCUGCAUACCCACCUUUACACAAUUACUGUUUACGCAAUCCAAAAACGGUCCAUUAUAAAUCGCAAUCUGGCUCAGGUGGGCAUAAUUUGAAAGCUUGUUCUAUUGCCAACAUGACUAGCUAAAUUAUAAUAUACAAAUUAUAAUAUACGACCUUAGUGUUAGGCUUUCACAAGGCAAUUCAGAGAAGCAGAUUGUAAUUUUGGUGUGCAUAGAAUGGAGUCAUGAGUGCAUUCAGAUGCGUGGUCCGCGGCAGAUUUUCUUCACAAUACAACAGAACACAGGCUCAUUCUGUUCAGGACAACCCAUAUAAUCUUGGAACUGUACAUCAAACAUAGUGAUCAUAAACGUUGACACUGUAUAUUACAUUAGUUCUAUCAUAUGGAAAUGGGAAGUGCACAUUUGGACUCACGGGUGUUUGGCUUGCUUGUAUGACAUCAAAGCGGUAUUUAUUAUAAUCCUCAACGUCUCAUCUUUCAAAAUGCAUUGACUCCUCGUAGUUUACACCAUUUCCCUCACUCGGACAACAAAAGUUGACCAACUAGCGGGAGGGAUGGGGGAAACUUCUUGUUCAGAACAGCUGUCAGUCAAAACCCAUACACCACUGUGAAGAGGAGACCCUGAGCUCUAACGUCAUGUAUCGCGUGUUACUGUACAGCCAUUGCAUUCCAAUUGAAGCGCGUACCAGUGUCCAAAUCUGCAAUUUUCAACCCGUACAAGAGUGUGAACGGUUAAUCACUCAUACUUAAUCAGGGAGGGGAACUAACGAGGUGCUCAGGUGUAUCUAUUACAGGGCUUUGUAAUGUAAUCCACUGAACAGUCCACCAACCCCUACCUGUUCGGCUAGGAAUACUCUCUAUUACAGGGCUUUGUAAUGUAAUUCACUGAACAGUCCACCAACCCCUACCUGUUCGGCUAGGAAUACUCUAUUACAGGGCUUUGUAAUGUAAUUCACUGAACAAUCCACCAACCCCUACCUGUUCGGCUAGGAAUACUCUAUUACAGGGCUUUGUAAUGUAAUUCACUGAACAAUCCACCAACCCCUACCUGUUCGGCUAGGAAUACUCUCUUCUUUACGUACACUUGGUGUUUAUUACAUGCUUGUUAUACAUUUCUACACAAAUGCAUGUCAACUAGAACUACACAUAGGGCCUAGACACAAGCAAGCAGAGAUAGACAGACAUCUGUUGUGCUUUAGCACGUUAUGCAUUAACCACAAUCUCUCUUCCAAACCCCCCCCCCCCCCCUCUCUCUCUAGGGUUGUGAUCCGUGUUCCCAGACCCAGCGCAGUAAGCUGCAGCACCGUAGAGCUCGUAUCAACCAGCAGAUCAACAAGGAGAUGAGGAUGAGGGCCGGGGCUGAAAACCUCUUCAGGUGAGCUGGGCUGGGUGAAGGACGUGACAGUGGUCGAAUACUGUCCCUGAUCCUGUGUGUACACUGUCCUCCUGGGCAGCUUUGGGGCGCAUCCACUUCCUCCCCUCCGCUGUGGUGGAAAAAGGAACCCAGAGCCCUACUACCUGUGGAAACAUUGAGCUUAGCAGAUGGAUCUACCAAACUAUGUUUUAGGGUGUAUGGGGAAUGCCUCCAAACACACACCACCCUGUUUUAUGGCUCUGUUUGUUUCCCGUGUGUGGGGUCAAUCGGCAGGUUUGAUUCCGUUCAUUCCCCCCCCCCCCACCAGUUUUAAAGUAUAAUUUGCCAGUUAGACGGUCUUAUCAAACACAAACACGCUCUCUCUGAUCUGUGCUGAACUUGUACAGAGAUAGUACAGCCUGUUCUCAUUCUGUCUCCUUUAAAGUCAAUAGGAUUUUUUUUCAGAGAAAGGAGGAAUGAAGAGGCUGGUGGCAGGACAUCAAAGCUGAGCUAGGGUUUCUAGCACAUCAAACCAACCUCUCUCAGAGCAUUAGUGUCAUCCUCUCUCCCUUUUAUUCGUUUUCAACUUUCAAACAGUUCAUCAAAUUCAUCCCACGCUUAUAUAUGUACAGUGUUACUGUGGGAGCCACUAAAGGACAUGGUGUAUUGGAGUGGUUGUGUAGAAGAGUAGCGCUAUGGUACGAUAGGACAGGCUCUAUCUCUCUCUCUGAGAUGGGGGAGGAGGAGACGUAGCACUGAAUUAAAGCAGAGCAGUGUGCUUCCUUUUUAUAUAGUGGGCUGUUUGGCUUCUGAGUCAGGCUGUCAUAAGAAAGACACCCAGAACAACAUCAAGCUAACUGAAAGAAAACCAACCCCGUGUGUGUGUGUGUGUGUCAACCCUCCCUCCCCUCACUUGUUUUUUAGGUUUUGAGAAAAGCUAGGAUAAGGGAAAUAUAGAAUAAGCAAAAUAUUUAGGCCCCCAGCAGCACCCAGUCCUUCCCCCUCCCUCCCCUCUAUUGAGACUGGAUCACAGAGACCGAGCCCCCCGGCACCCCCAGUCAGCCCCCAAUCAACAGGCUUCGUCCCACUGCUGCACCUUCCCAUUCCCAUGCAGAGAGAGAGAUUUUCCCAGGGAGGGCAGCUGUCUGCAGGAAUCUCAUCCCUGAUUUUCUGGGUUUCAUUGGGAGACAUGUUUAUCCUCACCAGUCCCAGUGGAGCUGUCUUUGGACUUGCACGCCCACAUGUGUAACGGAAGUAGUUCAGUGAACCAUCUUCUCGUGAUUAGUAGCCUAACCUUGCCUGAGACCUGAAGACUUGCAUUAUCACCGAUCGUGAGUUAAGGCUUUAGUUCCGUUUUUUAUUUUUUAUUUUUAUUUAACCUUUAUUUAACCAGGUAAGCCAGUUGAGAACAAGUUCUCAUUUAUAACUGCGACCUGGCCAAGAUAAAGCAAAGCAGUGCGAUUAAAAACAACAACACAGAGUUACAUAUAGGGUAAAACAAAACAUAAAGUCAAAAAAUACACAAAAUAUAUAUACAGUGUGUGCAAAUGUAGCAAGUUAUGGAGGUAAGGCAAUAAAUAGGCCAUAGUGCAAAAUAAUUACAAUUAGUAUUAACACUGGAAUGAUAGAUGUGCAAGAGAUGAUGUGCAAAUAGAGAUACUGGGGUGCAAAUGAGCAAAAUAAAUAACAAUAUAGGGAUGAGGUAGUUGGGUGGGCUAAUUUCAGAUGGGCUGUGUACAGGUGCAGUGAUCGGUAAGGUGCUCUGACAACUGAUGCUUAAAGUUAGUGAGGGAGAUAAGAGUCUCCAGCUUCAGAGAUUUUUGCAGUUCAUUCCAGUGGGCUAACCUAGUUAUUUGGCAUCAUGCAGGACACUCUGGUUGAAAGCCAGUCGGUCAUGUGUACACGCACACACACACACACACACACACACACACGAUGAGUUGUUGUCAGUGAACUAGUUUGUGGUGGUAGGAGCUAGGGGGAGGAGGGUAAGAGUGACAGAGACUAAUAAAGGAUGAUGGGAGAACAGAGGAGGGGAGGGGGUGUAUCUCAUUAGAGCUUCUGAUUGGCUGAUGAAGACGUCACAUUCUGUGGUGGCAUGCUGGUGUAACAGGCCAGUGUGUUAUAUACUGUGGGAAGGGUCUUCUAGUGGGGUGAGGAGGAUAUGGGUCACCGAUUUGGUGGUUCAAGGUGUGUAUUUGUGCGUUACCUCUGUCUCUCUCAACCCCAUUCAGCCUCAGACAGGUGCCAACAUGCCUAGUUAAACUAAGGUAACCUUUCACCAUGUGUGUGUCUUCUAAUCGGGGCAAGUCUCCUGUUGUUGUGGUUGAAAGACUGGCUCUCAUUGAUUCCUAAUCCUCUUCUAGCAAAGGGAGUGGCUUUCUCGCAGGUGUGUGCUGAGCGAUAAGGGCUUUUUGACGUCGGUUCGAUGUUUGAAAAAUAGUCACAGUUUUCGAUUUGGUUUUAAACAAAUGCAUUAUGUGGGGGGGGGGUGGGGUGUGACUCGUCAGGGCUCCAGAAACUCGCAAUUAUUGUGUAACCAGGGGGAUUUCUGUGACGUGGUGAGAAGUGUCUGUCAGAUACCAUGACAACUAAGUGAUGCCUCAGCGUUUGAGGAAUGUUCUAAGAUCUUAGGGUUGUUUACAUCUGAUAAUCCACAGUACCGGAAGCUUUAGUCACCAAACACACUGCUGCCCUUUGUCCAGAGUGUAGUGAAAGUGAGAGGGAAGUGGGCGAAUGUGUGAGUUAGAGAGCGAGAGAAGUAGAAGUAGGCCCUUCUCAGGAAGUGCUUAUGAGCUAGGCCUACCCCUACUGUACAUACAAACUGUUGAAGAUCGAAAUAACAGCGUUUUCUAACCCACAUUUCCAUCUGGCCAAUAAUCCCGGGAACGCCUCGCAAAGCAGACUCUACAGGGCAGAUCUGGUGUUUGGGAUUUGUGAAGUCAAUGGAAGAAGUGAAAAUUCUUCCUUAGUUCUUAUUUUUCGGCAAAGCCUAGAUUCAAACCAAUAUCUUAAGUAGCUUAACAUGUUACUACAACCUUGUGAAAGUGACAAACUGACACAUUUUCAUCAAAAACAUUAUAUCGAAGGAGUGUGUUUGGUGUGUUUGUUUGUAUAAUCAAAUCUGAUAUGAAUGUUUGUGUUGCAGGGCCACCACUAACAACAAGGUAAAGGAGAAUGUGGCUCUAGAGCUGAGCUUUGUCAACUCUAACCUGCAGCUACUGAAGGAAGAGCUAGAGGAACUCAACAGCAAUAUGGAGGUCUACCAGACAGAGAGGUAACAUGCAAGCACCGUGAACAACAAGAUCUCAUAGUUUCACUUCAAAAUUCAACGUAUUAUGGAUUAAUUCCAUGUGUUUUAAAGGGUUAAUUCUGUGUGGUUACAAGGUUAAAACAGAAACAACUCAAAGGGUUAAAUGUAGGUAUUAAUUCUAAAUGGUUAAAGGAAAAUUCCACCCAAAAACUGUCUUUUGGUAUUUGUUUCAUUAGUCCAUUGUUGAUAUCGUCCCAAAAUGUUUUGCUUGUCAACAAUCAAGUUUUCAAGAUAUGUAACUUUAAAAUGAUGCAAAAUGCAUCAUACGGGGAUGAUUUCUGUGUUUUUAAAGUUGCAUACUGUAUCUUGAAAACAUGAUUGCUGACAAGCAAAUCAUUUUGGGACGAUAUCAACAAUGGACUAAUGGUUUUUGGGUGGAGUUUUCCUUUGGGUGGAGUUAGGGCUAUGGUUUGGGGAAGGCUUUACAAAUGACAAAAAAACAAGGCGCUGUUUCCAUUAAGUAUCAUCAAGUAUUCUCCUGGCUUGUAAGAGCAUUGUGAACUGCCAUGGUGCAGUGGUCUGAGCACCGCUCUUCGCCCCGUGCUGGGCAAUAAUUAUGAAAAAAAUGUGUGACUGCCGAGGAAGGCCAAUAUUGACGUUCUUAGGACAUUUUCCUAAAUCAAAGUCUGUUUCUAGUGAUCAGCCUGGUGUGAAAGUACACACACCCUGAUGGAGGGCGCGAACACACAAUGGCCUAUUUGCUCUAAUUCUAGCCUAAUGAGAGUGGCCUGGAAUGCUAGUAAUGAGGCGAGGGAAGUGUGUGUGUGUGUGUGUGUGUGUGUGUGUGUGUGUGUGUGUGUGUGUGUGUGUGUGUGUGUGUGUGUGUGUGUGUGUGUGUGUGUGUGUGUGUGUGUGUGUGUGUGUGUGUGUGUGUGUGUGUGUGUGUGUGUGUGUGUGUGUGUGUGUGUGUGUGUGUGUGUGUGUGUGUGUGUGUGUGUGUGUGUGUGUGUGUGUGUGUGUGUGUGUGUGUGUGUGUGUGUGUGUGUGUGUGUGUGUGUGUGUGUGUGUGUGUGUGUGUGUGUGUGUGUGUGUGUGUGUGUGUGUGUGUGUGUUAGUUAGCCAGGCACAGUUCCGACAUUUCUAAGAUUUCUUCCAUCCCAGUUGAAGCAGGGUCACCAGGGGGGGCAAAUCCUCUGAUUAGACUGUCAUUAAUUACCCCAUGGGGGAGGGGGGAGUUAAUGCACUGUGUUGUGGUAUUAGAGGAGUGAGGGUCUACUGACCAAUAUGGUUACUGUAAUAAUAGAGAGGGAGGGGGAGACGGAUGGGAAAGCAGAUUUGGGGUUUUCUGUGGAAGUUUGUGUCAAAUGUCAUUUAACACAUGUGUUGGUCUCUCUCCUUCAGUGAAGCCAUCAAUGUUCCCAUGAUCCCACUGGGUCUGAAGGAGACCAAGGAAGUAGACCUCACUGUCCCUCUCAAGGUAAGGACAAUAGGACCUCACUGUCCCUCAAGGUGAGCACAAUAGGACCUCGCUGUCCCUCAAGGUGAGGACAAUAGAUAAUAUCUCUCUCCAUCUCUCACUCUCUUGCUUGUUCUCAGUACUCACAUUUUAACACAUCUUUAUUUUAAAUAAAGUAUCUCUUUUUCUUCACUCUGUCAGGACGUUAUCUGUGAGCACUAUGGAGAGGACAGCUCUUUGUUUGAGAAGGAGAUCAAGGAGUUUAUGGAGCUCAGACAGGUUAGAUACCCUCUGCUUGAAAUGCUAAUUAACUGCUCAUGCUGUUGAAGAUGCUGCCACCUAGUGGAUUUAUAUGACAUUGAGUAUGGUUACAUGCACACAAUAAUGCGAUUAUUAUGGAUAGUCAGAUUUAAUAUAGGAUUAAUAUAGUUCAAUUAAAACGUUUACAUGCUUUGCAAGAAGAAUGCUUUCCCUAAUAAUCCUGUUUACAUGGACACAUCUGAAAUCAGGCUACCUGAUGGCACUCUGAUAAUGGCAGAAAAUCGCCAAUCAAAAUAAACGUUCUACCACAGCAACCAUAUGUUAUUUUUGGGAAGCAUAUUUGAUUCUGAGUUCGGGCAUAUAAAGUUUGUAUGUGAAAAUUACUUCUAAGACUUCAGAUGUUCCGAACUCACUUCACUCGUGCUAAAGAGGAAGACCCGCUCGACUGGUGCUAGCACAUGCGCAGAUGAAAUGCACAGCUGGAACGCCGAUUUGAAGGUGUUUACAUGUCCUUUUGAUUUGAAAGAUUGCUCAGAAAACCAGGUGUUUUAAUUGGCGUAUGUUUACUUUGAUUUGGACUUUAUGCCAAUUAAGAUAAGCAGAGUCAGGUGUUUACAUGACUAUUGCCAUACUCUGACUACUGCCAUAAUCAGUUUAAUAUCCAAUUAUUACUGUGCAUGUAAACGUACUUAGUGACUUUUGGCUGACUGGUUGAUGAUCCUCAGUGGCUGUAAAUAUCCAUGUUAUAUGCAUGUUGUUAUUCCAUGUUGUGUGUGUGUGUGUGUGUGUGUGUGUGUUUUAAUUGUGUGCUUGUUGUCAACAGGCCAUGCGUACCCCCAGUCGUAAUGAAGCAGGUUUGGAGCUUCUGGUGGAGUAUUAUAACCAGCUGUAUUACCUGGACCAGAGGUUCUUCCCCCCACACCGAACACUAGGAGUCCACUUCCACUGGUACACACAAACCAGACGCGCGCGCACACACACUGCAACCCACCGCAUGCACACACACACACACACACACACGUCUCUUACUCCUCUCUCGUUCAUGUCUCAUCCUCUGUCUCUCUCCCUUCUCUCAGUUCAAUUCAAAGGGCUUUAUUGGCAUGGGAAACACAUGUUAACAUUGCCAAAGCAAGUGAAAUAGAUAAUAAACAAAAGUGAAAUAAACAAUAAAAAAUGAACAGUAAACAUUACACUCAAACAUUCCAAAGGAAUAGAGACAUUUCAAAUGCCAUAUUAUGGAUAUAUACAGUGUUAUAAAUUUUUUUAAAUGUUAUGAUGUGCAAAGAAUAGUUAAAGUACAAAAGGGAAAAUAAAUAAACAUAAAUAUGGGUUGUAUUUACAAUGGUGUUUGUUCUUCACUGGAUCCCCUUUUCAUGUGGCAACAGGUCACAUCUUGCUGCUGUGAUGGCAGACUGUGAUAUGGGCUCCCGAGUGGCACAGCGGUCUAAGGCACUGCAUCUCAGUGAUGAGGCUUUACUACAGACCCCCUGGUUCGAUUCCAGGCUGUAUCAUAACCGGCCGUGAUUGGGAGUCCCAUAGGGCGGCGCACAAUUGGCCCAGCGUCGUCCAGGUUUGGCCGGUGUAGGCCGUCAUUGUAAAUAAGAAUUUGUUCUUAACUGACUUGCCUAGUUAAAUAAAGGUACAAAAAAAUAAAAUAUAUAUAUAUAUUUCACCCAAAAGAUAGGGGAGUUUAUCAAAAUUGUGUCAUCUGAGGGAAAUAUGUGUCUCUAAUAUGGUCAUACAUUUGGCAGGAGGUUAGGAAGUGCUGCUCAGUUUCCACCUCAUUUUGUGGGCAGCGUGCACAUAGCCUGUCUUCUCUAGAGAGCCAGGUCUGCCUACGGUGGCCUUUCUCAAUAGCAAGGCUAUGCUCACUGAGUCUGUAAAUAGUCAAAGCUUUCCUUUAAUUUUGGGUCAGUCACAGUGGUCAGGUAUUCUGCCACUGUGGUACUCUGUUUAGGGCCAAAUAGCGUUUUUUUGUUAAUUCUUUCCAAUGUGUCAAGUAAUUAUCUUUUUGUUUUCUCAUGAUUUGGUUGGAUCUAAUUGUGUUGCUGUCCUGGGGCUCUGUGGGGUCUGUUUGUGUUUGUGAACAGAGCCCCAGGACCAGCAUGCAUAGGGGACUCUUCUCCAGGUUCAUCUCUCUGUAGUUGAUGGCUUUGUUAUGGAAGGUUUGGGAAUCUCUUCCUUUUAGGUGGUUGUAGAAUUUAAUGGCUCUUUUCUGGAUUUUGAUAAUUAGAGGGUAUUGGCCUAAUUCUGCUCUGCAUGCAUUAUUUUGUGUUUUUAUAUUGUACACUGAGGAUAUUUUUGCAGAGUUCUGCAUGCAGUCUCAAUUUGGUGUUUGUCCCAUUUUUGUGAAUUCUUGGUUGGUGAGCGGACCCCAGACCUCACAACCAUAAAGGGCAAUGGGUUCUAUAACUGAUUCAAGUAGUCAGAUCCUAAUUGGUAUGUUGAAUUUUAUGUUCCUUUUGAUGGCGUAGAAAGUCUCUCAGAUCGUUCACAGCUUUGUGGAAGUUACCUGUGGCGCUGAUGUUUAGGCCGAGGUAUGUAUAGUUUUGUGUGUGUGCUCUAGAUGGAAUUGUAUUUGUGGUCCUGGCAACUGGACCUUUUUUGGAACACCAUUAUUUUUAUCUUACUGAGAUUUACUGUCAGGGCCCAGGUCUGACAGAAUCUUUGCAGAAGAUAUAGGUGCUGCUGUAGGCCCUCCUUGGUUGGGGACAGAAGCGCCAGAUCAUCAGCAAACCGUAGACAUUUGACUUAAGAUUCUAGUAGGGUGAGGCUGAGUGCUGCAGACUGUUCUAGUGCCCUCACCUAUUCGUUGAUAUAUAUAUUAUAUGUUGAAGAGGGUGGGGCUCAAGCUGCAUCCCUGUCUCACCCCACGGCCGUGUGGAAAGAAAUGUGUGUUUUUUGCUCAUUUUAACCGCACUCUUGUUUGUGUACAUGGAUUUUUUUUUUAUGUCAGACUGUUUUUUUCCCCAAACACCACUUUCCAUCAAUUUGUAUAGCAGAACUUCAUGCCAAAUUGAGUCAAAAGGUUUUUUGAAAUCAAACAAAGCAUGGGAAGACUUUGCCUUUGUUUUGGUUUGUUUGUUUGUCAAUUAGGGUGUGCAGGGUGAAAUACAUUGGCGGGUUUUUGUAUUUUGUGCUGUAGUUCAUUCAAUGUAAUUGGAGAAUCCAGUGGGUUCUGGUAGUCUUUAAUAGUUGAUUCUAAGAUUUGUAUUUGAUCAUGUAUAUGUUUUUGCUGUGUGUUCUUUGUUAUAGAGCCAAAAAGAUUGGAGAAGUCGUUUAUCCAUACAUCUAUGUUUUGGAUAGAUAACUCUUCAUGUUGUUUGUUUAGACUCAGGUUUUCUGGGUCUCUGUUUUUGGUUGGAUACGUUUCUCAAUUUCUUUCUUUUAGGUUUUUGCAUCAUCAAACCAUUUGUCUUUGCUGUUAAUUUUUAGGUUGUCUGCUUGACAUUUUUAGAUUUGAUAGGGAAGCUGAGAGGUCAAAUAUACUGUUAAGGUUUUCUACUGCCAAGUUUACACUUUCACUAUUACUGUGAAACGUUUUGUCCAGGAAGUUGUCUUGAAUCUGUCCAGGAAGGGAUUGAAUUUGUUGUUGCCUAAUUGUUUUUUGGUAGGUUUCCACACUAUUUUCCUUCCAUCUAUAGCAUUUCUUAAUAUUAUUCAGUUCCUUUGGCUUUGAUGCCUCAUGAUUGAGUAUUGCUCUGUUCAAGUAGACUGUGAUUUUGCUGUGAUCUGAUGAGGUGUCAGUGGGGUGACUGAACGUUCUGAGAGAGACUCAACUGUCCCCUCCCCCUUCUCUCUCUCCCUCUCUCUCUCUCUCACACCCCUCCCCCUCUCUCUGUCUCUAGGUAUGACUCUCUAACAGGUGUGCCAUCGUGCCAGCGUGCGUUGGCGUUUGAGAAGGGCAGUGUGCUGUUCAACAUGGGGGCUCUCUACACACAGAUAGGUGCCAGACAGGACCGCUCUGCUACAGCUGGCAUAGACAGGGCUAUAGACGCCUUCCAGAGAGCUGCAGGUAACCACACAUUCUUACACUCACAAUAACAUCGCAUGCUAUGCACACACACACACACACUAAUCUUCUGGUUGCACUUUGCUUUUGCUCUGUGUUAUCUUUGUAAUUACUGUGUUAUAACAUACUUGUAAAAGCUGUGGUGUGUGUGUGUGUGUCCAGGUGCAUUUAACUACCUGAAGGAGAACUUCUCCAAUGCUCCCAGUCUGGAUAUGAGUGGCCCGUCACUAUGCAUGCUGGUCCGGCUGAUGAUUGCCCAGGUGCAGGAGUGUGUGUUCGAAAGAGUCACACUCACAACGCAGGACACACACUUCAUCACCCAGCUACAAGUGGCAAAGGAGGCCGCACGGGUGAGGGGACGUGUGUGUGUGUGUGUGUGUGUGUGUGUGUGUGUGUGUGUGUGUGGAUAUCAAACAUGUUGUACUCACUGGUGCGCAAUACCUUGAUCCAGUGCCCUUGUUUAAGACUUCUCAUCCGUUCUGGUUAAGGACUAUGUUCCAUUCUCCUGACUUUCUCGUUCUCAAAAGUCAAUUCAAAGGGCUUUAUCGGCAUGGGAAACAUAUGUUUACAUUACUGAAGCAAAUGGAAUAGACUAUAAACAAGGGAAACAUUUAGUAAACAUUACACUCACAAACGUUUUAAAAGAAUAGAGACAUUUCAAAUGUUAUAUUAUUGGCUAUAGGUUAGUGUUGUAACAAUGUGCAAGUAGUUGAAGUAUGAAAGGGAAAAUAAAUAAACAGAUAAAUUAUAGGUUGUAUUUACAAUGUUGUUUGUGCUCCACUGGUUGCCCUUUUCUCAUGGUAACGGGCCACAAAUCUUGCUUCUGUGACUGCACACUGCGGUAUUUCGCCUAACUGAUAUUGGAGUUUAUCAAUGUUUAAUUUGUUUUCACAUUCUUUGUGUGUCUGUGUGAGGUGUGGGAAAUAUGUCUCUAAUGUGGUCAUAAAUUUGGCCGGAGGUUAGGAAGUGUAACUCAGUUUCCACUUCAUUUUGUGGGCACAUAGGCAGACCUGGCUCUCGAGAGUUUACACGCUUUGGCGGCCACUCUCAAUAGCAAGGCUAUGCUCACUGAGUCUGUACAUAGUCAAUGAUGUUCUUAAUUUAAGGUCAGUCACAGUGGUCAGUUAUUCUGCUACUGUGUACUCUCUGUUUAGGGCCAGAUAGCAUUCCAAUUUGCUGUUUUUUUUGUUGAUUCUUUCCAGUGUGUCAAAUAGUUAUCAUUUUGCUUUCUCAUAAUUUGAUUGGGUCUAAAUGUGUUUCUGGCCUGGGGCUCUGUGGGGUCUGUUUGUGUUUGUGAACAGAGCUCCAGAACCAGCUGGCUGAGGGGACUCUUCUCUAGGUGAAUCUCUCUGUAGGUGAGGGCUUUGUGGUGGAAUGUGUGGGUAUCGAUUCCUUUUAGGUGGUUGUAGAAUUUAACAUCUCUUUUCUGGAUUUUGAUAACUAGCGGGUAUAGUCCUAAUUCUGCUCUGUGUGCAUUGUUUGGGGUUUUUGCGGUUUACACUAAGUAUAUUUUUGCAGAAUUCUGCAUGCAGAGUCUCAAUUGGGUGUUUGUCCCAUUUUGUGAAUUCUUGGUUGGUGAGUGGACCUCUGACCUCGCAACCGUAGAGGGCAAUGGGUUUGUUAACUGACUGAAGAUUGUUUAGCCAGAUCCUAGUUGAGUUUUGAUGUUCCUUUUGAUGACAUAGAAGGCCCCCUCUUGCCUUGUAUCUUAGAUCGUUCACAGCCUUGUGGAAGUUACCUGUGGUGUUGAUGUUUAGGCCGAGGUAGGUGUAAUUCUUUGUGUGUACUAGGGCAACAGUGUCUAGAUAGAAUUUGUUGUCUUGGCUACAGGACCUUUUUUGGAACACCAUUAUUUUUGUCUUACUGAGAUUCACUGUCAGGGCCCAAGUCUGACAGAAUAUGUGCAGAAGAUCUAGGUGCUGCUGUAGGCCCUCUUUGGUUGAGGACAGAAGCACCAGAUAAUCUGCUGACUGUUCUAGUGCCUUCGCCAAUUUAUUGAUGUGUGUGUGUUAAAGAGGGUGGGGCUCAAGCUGCAACCCUGUCUCACCCCACGGCCCUGAGGAAUUAAAUCUGUGUGUUUAUUGCCAAUUUUAACUGCACACUCGUUAUUUGUGUACAUUGAUUUUGUAAUGUCAUAUGCAACACCGCUUUCCAUCAAAUUUGUAUAGCAGACCCUCAUGCCAAAUUGAGUCAAAAGCUUUUUUGAAAUCAACAAAGCAUGAGAACUUUACGUUUGUUUGUUUGUCAAUAAGGGUGUGCAGGGUGUAUAUGUGGUCUGUCGUACGUAUCUUGGUAAGAAGCCAAUUUGACAUUUGCUCAGGACAUUGUUUUCACUGAGGAAAUGUUUGAGUCUGCUGUUGAUGAUACUGCAGAGGAUUUUUCAGAGGUUGCUGCUGAUGCAGAUUCCAGGGUAAUUAUUGGAGUCAAAUUUGUCUCCACUUUUGUAGAUUGGGGUGAUCGGGCCUUGGUUCCAAAUAUUAGGGAAGAUGCCAGAGCUGAGAAUAAUGUUGAAGAGCUUAAGAAUAGCCCAUUUGAAUUUGUGGUCUGUAUAUUUUAUCAUUUAGUUUAGUAGACCAUCAACACCACAGGCCUUUUUGGGUUGGAGGGUUUGUAUUUUGUCCUGUAGUUCAUUCAAUGAAAUUGGAGAAUCCAGUGGUAGUCUUUAAUAGCGGAUUCUAAGUUUUGUAAAUUGUCAUGUUUUUGUUCUUGGUUCUUUGUUAUAUGGCUGAAACGGUUGGACAAGUGGUUUAUCCAUCUCCAUUGUGGAUAGAUGGCUCUUCGUGUUUGUUUAGUGUGUUCCAAUUUUCCCAGAAGUGAUUUGAUUCUAUGGAUUCUUCAAUCACAAUGAGCUGUUUUCUGACAUGCUGUUCCUUCUUUUUUCUUAGUGUAUUGUUUUAGUGUUUCACCAUAGUGAAGGCGUAAGCUAACGUUUUGUGGUUCUCUAUGUUUUUGGUAGGAUAGGUUUCUCCAUUACUUUCUUAGGUUUUUACAUUCUAUAUCAAACCAUUUCUCAUUGUUGUUUGUUGUCUUAGAUUUUCUGCCAGAAUUUAAAUUUGAUAUGUUAGCUGAUAGGUCAAAUAUAUAGUUCAGGCUUCCUACUGCUAAGUUUACACCUUCUUCCAUACUGCAGGAAAAUAUUUUGUCCAGGAAGUUGUCUAGGAGGGAUUUGAUUUGUUGUUGGCCAAUAGUUUUUUGGUAGGUUUCCACACUACCUUCUUUCCAUCUAUAGCAUUUCUUAAUAGUAUGCAGUUUGUUCGGCUUCAAUGCCUCAUGGGUGAUUUUGCUGUGGUGUCAGUGGGCUGACUGUGAAUGCUCUGAAAGACUCUGGGUUGAAGUUGAUGAUAAAGUAAUCUACAGUACUACGGCCAAGGGAUGAGCUGUAGGUGUACCUACCAUAGGAGUCUCGUCUAAGCCUACCAUUGACUAUGUACAUACCCAGCGUGCGACAGAGCUGCAGGAGUUGUUACCCGUUUUUGUUGGUUAUGUUGUCGUAGUUGUCUAGGGGGGGGCAUAUGGGGGAGGGAAUGCUGUCACCUCCAGGUAGGUGUUUGUCCCCCUGUGUGCUGAUAGUGUCAGGUUCUUGUCUAGUUCUGGCAUUUAGGUCACCACAGACUAGUACAUGUCCCUGGGACUGGAAAUGAUUGAUCUCCCCCUCCAGGAUGGAGAAACUGUCUUCAUUAAAGUAUGAGGAUUCUAAUGAGUGGGAUAUAGGUAGCACACAGGAGGACAUUUUUCUGAGAUAAUUUCCUUUUGAAUUUCUAGCCAAAUGUAAAAUGUUCCUGUUUUGGCUAAUUUAAUAGUGUGUUAGUAGGUCUGCUCUAUUCCAAGUUAGCAUACCCCCUGAGUCUCUUCCCUGUUCAACUCCUGGUAGUUUGGUGGAUGGGACUACCAGCUCUGUAACUAGAGGGCAACCAGUGGGUCCAUAUCCUCUAUACCAUGUUUCUUGUUGGAUGACAAUGUCUGUAUUUCUCAUUUCUUUGGUGAAGUCCAGGUUGUUGCUCUUUAUGCCAAAGGCAGAUGACCUCAGGCCUUGGAUAUUCCAGGAUGAGAUAGUGAAGGCUUUGUUCCAUAAAGUGUCUGUUGUUAGUCAUGUGGUUUUGCCUCAGACCAGUAAGUGUGAGCAGAGCCUGCUGAGCAUCUCUCUCUCUCUUAAUCUCUCUCUCUGCAGGUAUCUAAUGUGUAUAGCUUGGUACUCCAGACCAUGUCUCAGACCCUAGUGAAGGACUAUGUCCCAUUCUCCUGGGCCUCCAUGGUUCAAGUGAAAGCAGAACACUUUAGAGCCCUCUCCCACUACAAUGCUGCUGUCGCUCUCUGUGACCACGCCCGUAAGUACCUGUGUGUGUCAAGGAUGAUGGUUUAUGAGAACGUGUGUGUGUGUGUGGUCUCAGUUGGUGCGAGCAUGACGUGUGUGUGUGUGGCGCAAGGUGGUGGGUUUUAUUCCUGCACAUACAUAAAAUGGAUGCAGUCAUUGUACUGCAAGUCACUGUGGAUAAAAGUGUCUGUUGUGUUCUGUAGAGUCCAUUGAGGAAGAGGAGGGUGAUGAAGAGGCCGAGAAGGCUCUCCUCCAGUUCCAUGUCAGUACUCCUGCCGGACCCCCACUCAGCCAGGUGCUCAGAGACCCCGAGGACAGACGCAAACUGGGUGAGUACACACACAGAAAGAUAUUUGAUUUGUGUGCAUGGUCGUUGUGAGUACCUACUAAAGCGCUGUGUGUGUGUGUGUGUGUGUGUGUGUGUACGCACGCUGUAGGUAAGGCCCACCUGCGUUGUGCAGUGAUCAGACAUGAGGAGGCUAUGAGAGUACAUGGUCUAUGUAAGAUCCUGAGGAAGAUGGAUAUUCUACAGGAGGUGCUCUCUUUCAUGUACAAACGCUCCCUGGACAAAUACUCUGAGAUGGACCGAGAGGACGACUUCGACGAGACUGCAGAGGCCCCCGAGAUACACUGUGAGUGAGGGAGGGAAGGAGUGUGUUUUUGUGAGAGGUGUGUGUUAUAACUUCUGAACAUACAACAUAGUAGUAAGUGAUGAUUGUCCCUCCUGUCCCUCAGCUCAAACCCAGCACAAACCAGACAUCACACCACCCAACUUCUCCACUGUCCCAGUCACUGACAUCUUCCAAAGGCUGGUAAGAGAGGGAGACUAUGACUUUGAUUAUGUUUUGAAGUUGAUCAUGAUUAUGAUGAAGAUGAUAUCCCUGUCUCUUUCUCUGUGUGUGUGUGCGCUGCAGGGUCCCCUGUCAGUGUUCUGUGCAAGGGCACGCUGGGGGCCGGUGCGUGUGGUGUGUCUCCAGCGAGGGGAGGGGGGUCUGGGGCUGACUCUCAGAGGAGACUCUCCUGUCUUGGUGGCUGGGGUGGUGCCGGGGGGAUGUGCACAGGUGAGAUGGUAGCACCCUGUCUCCUCUUAACCUUCUGCUUUCCUAUUUCCUAAGAUUCUCGAACGGAAAAUGUACAGUAUUUCAUGCAGCAAUGAAAUAUACUGUGUAUGUGUUUUCAGGAGGCAGGUUUGAGGGAGGGGGACUAUAUAGUGGCGGUGGAUGGAGAGGACUUUAAGUGGGCUAAACAUGGAGAGGUGGUCCACUCCCUGAAGAGCUGCAGCGACAGAGGAGUACAACUCAGCGUCAUCACACUGCACACACACGAUACACAGGUAAGGGUGCGUGUGGGUGUCUGUGUGUGCGCGUGCAUCUGUCUUUGAUCUUGCAUUAAUGUGUGUGUCAGGGCUCCUGGAGUUGUAAUUUUGGCGCACCAGUACGCCUAGAAAGAUUAUAUUUGUCAUUGUGCGCCUACAUUUCUUUGUGUGCACUUACAUUUUUCAAUUUAGGAGCACGUACUCCUUGUAAAAUAUAAAGGUGUGUGUUUGUUGUUUUACAUCUCCUGUGUGUGUGUGUGUGUGUGUGUGUUCAGGUGGAUAGGAGGCCAGUGAUGCUCUCCCCCAGCGGAGACGAAGAGAACGCUCGGCUACGGACCAUGGGCGGGGCUAAGGGGCAGAGCACCGCCCCCUUACUCAACUGGAACAGGAAGAAGAAUAGGGGAGGGGGCAGAGCCACCAAGAGACUGGGCAGCACCUUCAGUCUG